AUGGCCUCCUACGCCGCCCUCCACGCCGUCACAGACGAAGAAACCUCCCGCCCCACCUCCCGCGCCUCCAAUCCCCGCCAUCGCCGCACCGGCAACCCCAAACAAUCGGGCACCGGCGGCAACGCCUCCUGGUCCAGCAGCGUGAUCAACCUCGUCAACACCAUCGUCGGCGCCGGCGUGCUCGCCAUGCCGCACGCUAUGAGCAACAUGGGUAUAACCCUCGGCGUGCUGGUGAUCCUGUGGUCCGGGCUGACGAGCGGGUUUGGACUGUACUUGCAGACGCGAUGCGCGAGGUACUUGGACCGUGGGAGCGCGAGUUUCUUCGCGCUGAGCCAGAUUACGUAUCCGAAUGCUGCGGUGCUUUUUGAUGCCGCAAUUGCGAUCAAGUGUUUUGGGGUGGGGGUGAGUUAUUUGAUUAUUAUUGGGGAUCUGAUGCCCGGGGUGGUGUUGGGGUUUGCGAGGGAUGGGGGUGGGAAUGAGUUUUUGUUGGAUAGGCGGUUUUGGAUUACUGCGUUCAUGCUGAUUGUGAUACCCCUUUCGUUCUUGCGCCGGUUGGACAGCUUGAAGUACACCUCAAUUAUCGCGCUGGUCUCAAUAGCGUACUUGGUCGUUCUGGUGGUCUACCAUUUUGGAUCUGGUGACACUUUGGCCGACAGAGGGGAGAUCCACUGGCUUAAGUGGCAGGGUAUAGUGCCAACACUGGGAAGCUUUCCCGUCAUUGUGUUCGCAUACACAUGUCAUCAGAACAUGUUCUCCAUCCUCAACGAAAUCAAGGAUAACAGCCCCUUCCGGACAACAUCCGUCGUCUUCGCCUCGAACGGCAUCUCCUCCUCAAUCUACGUUCUCGUAGCUGUCACAGGCUACCUCUCGUUCGGCGACGCUGUCAUAGGCAAUAUUGUCGGCCAAUAUCGGCCCUCCAUCUUCUCCACCAUUGGCCGCGCAGCCAUCGUCAUCAUGGUCAUGUUUUCUUACCCGCUCCAAGUCCACCCUUGCCGAGCCUCGGUCGACGCAGUUUCCAAAUGGCGACCAGCUAGCAAAUCCAACCAGGAACUCACACCAGCCUCGGGCAGUCCGAGCAGAAGCAGCCUGCUGGGGCGCAAAGUCCCUAUCAGACCGAAGACGGAGGAUAUGAGCGACCUGCGAUUCGCCAUCAUCACGACGGUCAUCAUCAUCCUCUCCUACAUCGUGGCAAUGACAGUCAGCAGCCUGGAGAAAGUUCUGGCAUACGUUGGCUCGACCGGGUCAACCUCGAUCUCUUUCAUCCUUCCAGGACUGUUCUACUACAAGAUCAGCAGCCCGGACUCGCCACAUCACCAGCGACUACUCAAAGACGAAGACGACAACGACGAACACACUUCUGGCUCCGAGUCCGACGAUGCGUCUGUUUCUUCGCGUGGCGCUGGAGGUUCAUGGCGCGAGAGCUGGGCUCAGAAGGUCAGAGGGCGAAGGUGGAGGGGGGACAUGCUGCGACGGCUGAGUCUGGCAUUGGCCUUUUAUGGGUUGACGGUUAUGGUUGUUUGUUUGGUACUGAAUACUUUCUUCAUCGUGGCUCACUGA